GCUAGCUCGAAGAGUAGACAGUUUGAAUGUGCAUCCAUCUUGCAAGUAAGUUGAGCACUGCGGGUAACAGACGAGAAACAAGUCGAGCCUCCAUUUUCUAAGUAAGAUACUUAUAACGAGAACUGAACUGCAUCAACUACAUCAACCAUUGUUACCUAAGAAAUACCUAACAAGAAGAACGUCCGCACGAGUAUCAAGAUGUACAGUCAAUCGCCCACAGACAUGUCCGCGGUCGUCCGUGGAGGCGGCCUAGAGCAAGCAGGCGGCUCAAGCAGCUCUUCCCUCCGUUCUACUGCACACCAAGAAAGGCUAAGCAGACAGAAUUCUGCCACACAUGAAAUUAUGGCUCGAAGUCGAACGAGAAACUUUUUGAAUUUUUUUGUCAAGAUCAUCCAUCGUCGUCGAUCAUCCUCAUCAUACAUUCGCACGUGAAUGAAUCAUGUACACGGUAGUUGCUUCCUGCAAAUAAAUAAUCACCCAAAUAGUGUUCGAAGUCACAUCAACGAUGAUGACGAAAGAUGAAAUUGAAAUUAAAAUUGAAGAAAGACGCGCGUCCAUAAUAUCCCAUCCUAAUUAAUAAAGAGAAUGACCUUGACCCUCCUUUACCUUUUCCAUAUGAUCCUUUCCAACCCGUAUGGGUACAGCCGUUUCUAGUUGUACUUCUUCUAACGAAAGUUCUCCUGUCACCUCAUCCUACGCUUCCUUGAACGAAACGAAUCGCACGAACCCUACGACCUACACUGCCGCAGAAGAGGUCGUGGAGGAGCAGGAUAAUGGCGCCUGUGAGGCGGUGGCGAUCUUAGGAUCCGGAAGUUUUGGUAUCGUGUAUAUUAUGGCUAGUACAACUGUUGUAUAUGAUUAUGACUAUCUUCAUCUUCCCAUGUGGAUGAAUGGCUCCGGUAUUUGGUAACCUGAAUUUGAUCGCAAGGGUUCUCUUCUUGUUUUCCCUUAUGAUCAAACUCAGGGUACCAAAAAAUACCGGAAGCAUAGAUACAGUGGAGUAUAAACAUGCCGAGAAAUGGAGUCCCCUUUGAUGAAGUCAAGAGGGUUGUAGGGUGAGGAAAGGGAACUACCCACUCAGCCACGGCUAGCCGUGAAAAACUACCUCUAACUAUAGCGCAGAACGAGCACCAAGAGGUAGCGGGAACAUGAUCGCUAUAAAGAAAGUGUUUCAAGAUCGAAGGUAUCGAAACCGAGAAGUUCAGAUCAUGGAAGAGCUGGGACGCGGAAAUCAUCCGAACAUCGUGCAGCUCGUCCAGUCGUUUUAUACGAAGGUAUUAUUAAAAAUAUAUGAUGAAUAAAGUGAUGAGUGAGGCCCUUGAACUAGAACUUGCAAAAAUAUGUCCAUCUUGGUCGGCUUCUUCUUGUAUAAAUUGUUCAUUUCCAUCCUGUCUUCCUUCUUUUGUAACCAAAGGACACUCCAACAGGGUAGCGACGAGAACCACUUGUACCUGAAUCUGAUGAUGCAGUACGUUCCUGACACGCUGUACAACGUGGCAAACCGAUUAAAAAGCGAAGACGAAUACGGCCAGGUCCCGGACUACUAUAUCAUGUUAAGGUGGGUAGAGGUUUUGCUGUAGGUUUACUGUGCAAGUGCAUUGUAGGUGUAUGGUUCUGGUAUUUUUGGUAUAGCCUGAAUUUGAUCCUAAGGGUUCUCUUCUUGUUUUCCCUUAGGAUCAAAUUCAGGCUAUACCAAAAAUACCGGAGCCAUUCAGUAGGUUUACUGUGCAUUCAAGUGCAUGUUGAGAAUAUGAUUUUUACCAUUUUUGCGGGGUGCUAGCUGCAGUCAAGUGACGUCGAAGCAGGAGUUGCAUUUACCCCGCCCUCUCUUUACCCCCAGCCUCCUGCCUCUCCUCCUCUAACUACGAUUUACUCUUACCAACUCCUUCGCGCACUCGGUUUUCUCAAGGCGCACAGCGUGAUGCAUCGCGACAUCAAGCCGCAAAACCUUCUGGUCGACGAAAGAGGGCAUCCACCCCAAAACAGACUGAAGAUAUGUGAUUUCGGCAGCGCGAAAACAGUAGACGACAAAAAUCCCUCGGUGCAGUAUAUCUGCAGCAGGUACUUACUUCGUGUAGUAUUUUUUCGCAACUCUAGACUUUUAAUCCGUCGGUGCAGUAUAUCUGCAUCAGGUACUACUUACUUCGUGUAGUACGUCGCAACGUUUCUGGUUCUGAUACUUACUUCGUGUAGCACGGAACAGUUUUGCUUUAUUUGAUAGUUUUGAGGAGAACGACGGAAUAUUGACAACUUCUUCUGAGACUGAGUGGGACUCUCUCGCUGCAUGCAUCCUACAAAGUCCUUGACUUUUUUUCCAUGCAUUUUUUCUGCUGAGCCUUUGAACCACAUUGAGACUAACAUCAACCAAGUCCCCUCGCACUCAUCUUUUCCUCCAGAUACUACCGUGCCCCCGAGUUGAUCUUUGGGUCAGAACGAUAUGGUUGUCCUAUUGACAUAUGGUCCGCUGGUUGCGUGAUUGGAGAAUUGUUGAAAGAAGGCAAACCUUUGUUUCCUGGAAACUCUGGUGUCCUCCAGCUUGUCGAGAUCAUCAAAGUUCUCGGGACUUUAUGGUUUAUUUUUGAGGUUGAACUUGAAUUUGAUAGUGGUACUUAAUCGAAGUCGACAAGAAGUACAAGAAGUUACAGUAGUAUGUCUAGGUAUUAAGAGCACUGCUACAUGAAGCAGUAUCACCACAUCUACAGACAGCAUGAAGUACGGCUGUAAGUAUUAUAGCACGUGGUCCUGAAUCUUGUCUUAGUCUUGGUAGAGAAGUAGAACCAGAAAGCUUUCUCAUUCAUUUCCCCCAGAACGACAGGAACUUCGUCCGAUUCUUGGAGGACCCGGUGUAAAAGCAGACUACUUCGACACUUUCGCAUACAAACCGAUAAAAGCACGCGGCUUGAUCGAAAAAAUGCCAUGGAGGAUACGGUAGUGGUUGAAGUCAAAUUACAAGUAGCCGUAGCGUAGUGUUUCAUAGACUAUUCGAAAAACUGAAAUAAUUGCAAAACCACAUCAGAAACCGUUCCACUCGAACGGUCCAACAACAACGCGCGUUGGAACUUCUCGAAAAAAUUUUGCGCAUAAAUCCCGAAGCACGCGUGGAGCCGUUGGGUGCACUCUGCGAUCCCUUCUUCGAUCCAAUACGCGCUAGUCGCUGUCACCAAACUCGAAAAGGCCUGGUUUAUCUGCAAAAAGAUUUUGCGACGUUCUCGGAAUUCGAACUGCAAUUGAUGGACGAAGGAACGAGGAAAAUAUUGAGUAUUAAGGCUUCUAGGUCGUUUUUACAUUUACUUAUGUUGAUCAUACUUAACCUGAGAGGGAGAGAAUCAAGGAAAAUGAAAAUGUCGCGUCCCCAAGUAGUACGUGAAGAGCACAGGGUGUAGCUUCGAAUGUUUUUUAUCAUUCAAUUCCAAUCCCGAUCUUCAAGCAAUAGACGCUACUACAACUGAAUUUUAUGGGUAAAAAAAACCUACUAGAUGUUGUGCCAGUAGAUCGUCCUCUAAGCCGGGAACCGCCACCAAAGACAAGGCUGAAACCGAUUCGUGGCUGGGUAGCGAGAAGUUGUGUUAUAGCAGAGGCGACCACGCGAGAAAUACAAAUACAAAUGGAGGUUUUCAUGCUAACAAAAACUACAACAACAACAACAAUUAUCCAAACACGUCCUCUAGCGAUGGAGCGGCUCUAACGUCGUCGAUUUUCGCAACAAGUGCAUCAGGUGUAGGGCUUAGUCAGCACACAACGAGACCCUCUACAAGGCUGGCUGGCAUGUAACUACUAGUUUGCGGGUAUGUAGUUUCUUUUCAAUGUUGAGACAGAAACACGCGGCCGCCAGUCGUGCUUCUCCAACGAACUCUGAUCUCAUCUCAUGAAAGACGAUGUCAAUGACAAAGAACCACAUGCAGAUAGACAUGAUAUAUUUUUGGUACAUCAAAUUCAUUGCAAACUUCGUGGCAGAGGAGCUUGUGAGGCGGAGGCCGUUGUAUUCGUCGUUCACAAAAGAGAUGAAGAAG